AUGAAGUUCUCCACAAUUCUCGUUGCAACUGCCACUCUCCUUUCCGGGGCAAGUGCCGCAAUUCCUUAUGAAGAAGUGCACUCUACCCAUAUCUGCUGGAAAGCGUGCUUUCCACAAAAGCCCCACUGUCCUCACGGAUGGCAUGACAAGAAGUUUGGGCACUGCUGGACCUGCUGCAAGGAUACACACUCGGAUAUGGACGAACAGUAUGAUUUCUAUUGGGAGGCUUAG